GGCCGCGAAGGGCGCCCCGCCCUUGGCACUGGGGGCGCUCGGGGCUGUGCGGGGCGGGCGUGAGGCCCUGCUGUCCCCGGGGCUCUGAGGCGGGGAGCUGCCGGUCCUGAGCGGUAGGCAAAGUCUUUUUCUUUCUUUUUUUUUUCCUUCCUAAAAUUCGGCUGCUGUCUGCACAAACUCCGGCCUGUCUGCACGGUUUGUGUGCCUUUCUUCCCUUAUGCAAUCUUCUUCAGCUUUGGCAGCAGAAACUCGCCUAGCUGCGAAGCCCUGCCAGAGGGCGGCCUCGGGGGGCGGGCGCUGUGCGCGCCGGGCGGCGUCUGGACUCGUGAAGGGGAACUGCCAGCCUGAGGGAUUCUCAAAGCCUUAAAUUACUUGAAAUCUGUGUAUUUGCAGCCCUCUGCCUCUGGAACCCCGUCGUACUGAACUGGAAUCUCAGGCUGAAAGAGAACACCCGAGUCGAGGAGAAGGGACACUCGGUGUCGGUGGCCACUCCCAGCGACGCCCUCCGGAGGGCCGGCCGCCCUCCCUUGAGGGCUCGGAACUAAACACGGACCCCGCUUUUUUUUAAGCAUUGCCUUUUCUUAGACUGCCAUCAUCUUUUCUAGAGGAAUUUUUUCACUAUGCACUUGGUGGGUCUUUGUGAACACUGACCUUCUGAUCGACUUCAGGUCAGUCCUCGUCUCGGCGGUCAGGGAAGCAGCGCGGGCCAGCCCCAGAGCCACGCCUGCCGCCCGGGGAAGCAGUCGGCGUGGGGCUCGGCCCGCAGCGUGGCCUGCCGGCGCCCGGGCCGGCGGCCAGCAGCAUGUUCGCGGCGGUGGAGCCGGGGCCGGUGCUGUGCAGCGACUCCAACAUCCUGUGCCUGUCCUGGAAGGGGCGCGUGCCCAAGAGCGAGAAGGAGAAGCCGGUGUGCCGGAGGCGCUACUACGAGGAGGGCUGGCUGGCCACGGGCAACGGCCGGGGCGUCGUGGGCGUGACCUUCACCUCCAGCCACUGCCGCCGGGACCGCAGCACCCCGCAGAGGAUCAACUUCAACCUGCGGGGCCACAACAGUGAGGUGGUGCUGGUGAGGUGGAACGAGCCGUACCAGAAGCUGGCCACGUGCGACGCGGACGGCGGCAUCUUCGUGUGGAUCCAGUAUGAGGGGCGGUGGUCGGUGGAGCUGGUCAACGACCGCGGCGCCCAGGUCAGUGACUUCACGUGGAGCCACGACGGGACCCAAGCGCUUAUCUCCUAUCGAGAUGGGUUUGUCCUGGUUGGUUCUGUUAGUGGACAGAGGCACUGGUCGUCUGAGAUCAACUUGGAGAGUCAAAUCACGUGCGGCAUCUGGACUCCCGAUGACCAGCAGGUGCUGUUUGGCACGGCCGACGGCCAGGUGAUCGUCAUGGACUGCCACGGCCGGAUGCUGGCGCACGUGCUUCUGCACGAGUCGGCCGGCAUCCUCGGCAUGUCCUGGAACUACCCCGCCUUCCUGGUGGAGGACAGCAGCGAGAGCGACACCGACUCCGACGACUACUCGCCCCCGCAAGAUGGCCCAGCCGCGUAUCCCAUCCCGGUGCAGAACAUCAAGCCCCUGCUCACCGUCAGCUUCACCUCGGGAGACAUCAGCUUGAUGAACAACUACGACGACCUGUCUCCCACCGUCAUCCGCUCAGGGCUGAAAGAGGUGGUGGCCCAGUGGUGCACGCAGGGCGACCUGCUGGCCGUCGCGGGCGUGGAUCGGCAGAGCCAGCCCGGGGACCUGCCCAGCGGCCCCCUGCUGAAGAGCGCCAUGGUCAAGUUCUACAACGUCCGCGGGGAGCACAUCUUCACGCUGGACACGCUCGUGCAGCGCCCCAUCAUCUCCAUCUGCUGGGGCCACCGGGACUCCCGGCUGCUCAUGGCCUCGGGACCGGCCCUGUACGUGGUGCGCGUGGAGCACCGGGUGUCCAGCCUGCAGCUGCUGUGCCAGCAGGCCAUCGCCUGCGCCCUGCGCGAGGACAAGGACGCCAGCAAGCUGACCCUGCCACCGCGCCUCUGCUCCUACCUCUCCGCCGCCUUCAUCCCCACCAUCAAGCCCCCGAUUCCGGACCCCAACAACAUGCGAGACUUCGUCAGCUACCCCUCGGCCGGCAACGAGCGCCUGCACUGCACCAUGAAGCGCACCGAGGACGACCCGGAGGUGGGCGGCCCCUGCUACACGCUCUACCUGGAGUACCUGGGCGGGCUGGUGCCCAUCCUCAAGGGGCGGCGCGUCAGCAAGCUGCGCCCCGAGUUCGUCAUCAUGGACCCCCGGACAGACAGCAAAGCAGAUGAGAUCUACGGGAACAGCUUGGUCUCUGCUGUGAUCGACAGCUGUGACUGCUCCGACUCCAGUGACAUCGAGCUGAGUGACGACUGGGCCGCCAAGAAGUCCCCCAAGAUCUCCCGAGCCAGCAAGUCGCCCAAACUCCCAAGGAUCAACAUCGAGGCGCGCAAGUCCCCCAAGCUCUCCCGGGCCGCCCAGGAGAUGUCGCGGUCUCCACGGCUGCCCAUGCGCAAGCCUUCGGUCGGCUCGCCCAGCCUGGCGCGGAGGGAGUUUCCCUUUGAAGACAUCGCUCAGCACAGCUACCUUGCUCAGGUCACGUCUAACAUCUGGGGAACCAAAUUUAAGAUCGUGGGCUUGGCCGCUUUCCUGCCAACCAACCUCGGUGCAGUAAUCUACAAAACCAGCCUCCUGCAUCUCCAGCCGCGGCAGAUGACCGUCUACCUCCCAGAGGUUCGGAAGGUUUCCACGGACUGCAUUAACCUGCCUGUCUUCAACCCCAACGUUUUCAGCGAGGACGAAGACGAUUUGCCAGUGACCGGUGCCUCCGGCGUGCCUGAGAACAACCCACCCUGUACGGUGAACAUCCCCAUCGCCCCCAUCCACAGCUCGGCCCAGGCAAUGUCCCCCACGCAGAGCAUCGGGCUGGUGCAGUCCCUGCUGGCCAACCAGAACGUGCAGCUGGACGUCCUGACCAACCAGACCACGGCCGUGGGGUCCGCCGAGCACGCCGGUGACAGCAGCACCCCGUACCCCGUCCCCAGCCGCUACUCCAGUCCGGGACAGGUGAUCUUCGGAGGCGUGGAGAUGGGCCGCGUCGUCCCCAACCCCCCGCCCUUGUCCCUGCCGCCCCCAGCUCAGGGGGCCAUCCAGCUGUCGGUGGCGGACCACGGAGACCGGGAGCGCGAGCUGGAGCCCCUGCAGAAGGCCGCCAAGGCCCUGCGGCCACCCUACAGCCUGCUGAGCCCUCCAGAUGGCGCCCGCGACCGUGCCGACUACGUCAACUCGGCCUUCACUGAGGACGAGGCGCUGGCCCAGCACGGCGCCCUGGACAAGCCCCUGCGCCACCUCGCGCUGCCCGAGCCCGGGGGCACCAUGAAACGGCCGCCCCCGUAUCAGUGGGACCCCGGGCUGGGGGAGGACAUCUGGGUCCCUCAGGACAGGACAGCACUGACGGCGGGGCCCAACCCCCUGAAACUGCCGCCCCUGGGGGUGGGCCCCGGCCAGCACCUGGACCUGGCCCGUGUGCCGUUCGUCUCCCCCAAGUCUCCCGCCAGCCCUACUGCCACUUUCCAGACCGGCUAUGGGAUGGGAGGGCUGUACCCAGGAAGCUACUCCGGGCCCCCCCUCCCCGGCGUGCAGGCCCCCUGCGCCCCCAAAGACGCCCUGUCCCCCACGCCGUUUGCACAGCAGGAGCCUGCCCUGGGCCUCCAGCCCGCCCACCCGCCCAGCCUCCCCUACUGCACCCUGGCCCCCAUGUACCCAGGAGGCAGCACGUGCUCGAGCUUGCAGCUGCCGCCUGUCGCCCUGCACCCCUGGGGCGCCUACAGCGCCUGCCCGCCCAUGCAGAACCCCCAGGGCACGCUGCCCCCCAAGGCUCACUUGGUGGUGGAGAAGCCCCUGGUGUCCCCACCGCCGGCAGACCUCCAGGGCCACCUGGGCCCGGAGGCGAUGGUGGAGACGGCAGACAGCUUCCAGGAAGUCCUGUCCCUGGCGGAAAGCCCGGUCCCCCAGCGCUCCGAGAAAUUCGGGAAGAAGAACCGGAAGCGCCUGGACAGCCGCGCGGAGGAAGGGAACGUCCAGGCCAUCACUGAGGGCAAGGUGAAGAAGGAGGCUCGGGCUCUGAGUGACUUUAACUCCCUGAUCUCCAGCCCCCGCCUGGGGCGGGAGAAGAAGAAAGCCAAGAGCCAGAAGGACCAGCUGAAGUCGAAGAAGCUGAACAAGACCAGCGAGUUCCAGGACAGCUCGGAGAGCGAGCCCGAGCUCUUCAUCAGCGGGGAUGAGCUGAUGAACCAGAGCCAGGGCAGCAGGAAGGGCUGGAAGAGCAAGCGCAGCCCCCGGGCGGCCAGCGAGCUGGAGGAGUCCAAGUGCCGCAAGGCCAGCGACAAGGAGGACGGGCGGCUGGGCAGCCAGGGCUUCGUGUACGUCAUGGCCAACAAGCAGCCCCUGUGGAACGAGGCUACCCAGGUGUACCAGCUGGACUUUGGGGGGCGGGUGACCCAGGAGUCGGCGAAGAACUUCCAGAUCGAGCUGGAAGGGCGCCAGGUGAUGCAGUUUGGAAGGAUCGACGGCAACGCGUACAUUCUGGACUUCCAGUACCCCUUCUCGGCCGUGCAGGCCUUCGCCGUGGCCCUGGCCAACGUGACGCAGCGCCUCAAGUGACCGGACCGCGUGGAGGCCAGGCUGGGGCCCGGGCAGGGCAAGACUGGAAGAGGCUUGGCCGGGACGGCACUGGCCUUUAUUCGCUGUUGUUUGUUGGGUUUUUUAUUAUCCUUUAUUGUCGUCUUUCUUUUCGAGCAAAAACACAGUGCAGGAGAGGGCGGUUUGCAAGCGGGCACGAGUGCCGAGCUUGGCCAGAGGGCGGCCGCCGGUGGCAGCCAGGAAGGGGGGCCGGCGUGGCCGGUGCCUUCACUCCACACCCCCGCCACGGGAGUGAACACAAAACCCUUGUUGCAAACACAACCAAAACUCGAGAUCCAGGCUCUCUUGGGGGGACAGGAUUUAGCUCACGCUCAUGAUGUCACUGCCCGCGGUGACUUGAGCAGUGCAGGGUGCUUGGGGGACCGUGCUGGGCUGGUACAAGCCAUCGGUGCUAGGGCCAGGUGGGCGUGGCGUGGCCGGCGGGGGUGGGCCUGGACAGGCCUGGAGGGGAGGCCCCUCUGUGAGGGCUCCCUGCGGCACCGAGCCCCGAGAUGCCUGCAGGAGGAGCCACCCCUGCCCUGUCCCCCAUGCCUCUGUUCCCCUCCCUCCAGAAAACGUCUCCUGUUUAAGGAACGCUGACACUUGUCUCCCAAAGUGCUGAGGGUGCUGGCGGGAAGUGUUCCCGUAGGUCAGGAGUGGAAUCCAGAAAGUAGAGCCAUUUGCCAGGGGAUUAAAAGAGUCGCAGUCAACUCUGCGAACCUCCCGCCGUCUUCUCGAGGAGAAAAAGGUCGUUCGGCUGUAAGACUGCGGAGGAGAUAGACUGGGGGAAACCUGUUCACGUUAGAUGCCUGAGCUGGUCCUCUGGCUGCUCUUGGUUGAAAGAUUAAAAACGCUCUGAGAUGGUCUCUCCCUUCUCCCCUCCAAGGACGCGGGCCUGGGGCCCAGGUCACUGCUCUCAGCAGCCUGUCCUGAGGUCUGGGGCGGGAGCCCAGGAGCCCCUCCUUUGGGCUGUCCGCAAGGAGGAUCGCGGAAGGCACCACGGAGAAGCAUUUCCAAAAUAAUUUGCUGUUCCCUUUUUUGGUUUAAAAAUGAGAAAAGAGCCGGCCAAGCCCCCCACCCCCACUCCCACCCCAGCGCACGGUCCGGUCGUCUCUCCGGGCCCAGGGGAGACCUUGGCGUGGGCUGCAGCUGGGGAGGGCGUCGCCAGCCGGUUCCAGGCUCCCGAUUCAUACUUUGAAGUACUGGCCUGAGUUGGGUGGGCAGAUUCUUCCAGACAGAAUUUAGCAAUGUUUUCGGAACGAAAUGAUUCUUUCAUAAGAGUUUCUGUAGCCUGAUGCAACGUCCCCGUGCUGCUUCUUAGUUGUGCAAUAAUGGUUAUAGCCUGUUUCUCCAACGAUAAUUUAAAUGCAGUUUUUGUUUUAUUGUCCAAGAGAUAAUUAUUUAUCUUGCUUUAAUAGUGUCCCUAGGAGUUAUUUUGUUACUAUGUGUUGGUGAGUUAUGCCCAUUUUAUUAUUUAUUUAGAAAAAUAGUAGGGUUUGUAACGACUUACUGGUGGCAGUAUAUUUUGCUGCAGGAAAUAAAGAAGAUUCGAUAGAAGGCUUUUUUGCUGGACAAUUCGUGACUUUCCCUGAUCGGGAAAAUAUUCCUGUUGGUCCUUGAGGGGUUUGGUUUUGUUUGCAUUUUGCCGUGUUGAUUAUAUGCAAGGGAGAUUCCUUUGAGAUAACACAUCCUAAAAUAACCAGUUCUUUUGAAAAUUCUAUUUUUAAUUGAAAAUGAGAGGCGACAUAACUCGCAUUUGAGAGGGGGCACUGAUGAGGGAGAGAACAGCGGAGGAAGAACUGCCAAGGUGUAGCACCAAGGCGUUCCGCUCUGGGUGUUGCGUCCAGAGGCCCGCUGCGGCACUGAGUCAGAGCCGGCGUGGCGGGUCGGAUGCCCGCGUGAAGCCUCUGGACAGAACAGACCCCCACGUGGGCCUCGCCUGGGGGGUUCGCACUCACGAGUGACCUGGGCGCACAGAGCUGCCCGCCCUCCUCGCCUGGCCCUCACGGCCUCUGGCCACUCAGGUCUGCGGCCGGCGUGACGCGAGGGCUUCUGAGUGGCCCGUGAUAGUUUUACUUGAGAAAUGUGUUUUCCUCUGGCCUCUUACUACUGCGCGCUGUGAGAGGCAAGCUUUCACAUACUUUCUAGUGGCUAACAGCGGUCUGUGGCUCUUAAGAUACCUCCCUGAAGCCCUCACCUUACAGACAGCCCAGUAAACAGCUGCAUGAGGCGCCCGUGCCUGUUUGAGGGAGCAGUAGAUGAGCCGCGUGGAGCCGGUGUGGACUUGGUACGGCUUAGGCCAUCUCUGACGGGCCGCCCCGAGGACGGGCCUGGAAGAGCCGGGGCCAGGAAGCGGGAUGCGGCGCCCGUGGCAGGCUGUGUGGUAGGACUCACGGAGGGGUCUCCCCGGAGCGACUGCCCCCUCGUCUGGCGCCCCAGGGGACCUGUCAGACAGCGUCACUCAUCUGGGGGUGGCGGCCCGUGGCUAGACACCCCCCACCCAAGCCCAGUCUGCCGCAAAACGGACCCCAUUUGCCCUUCUCUGCUGGGCCUGGAUAGUCUUGCGAACCCAUCCAGCUGGAGCGGGUGGAGGCUUGCCCUGGCACAGCACCCCCGUGCCCCUUCGCUGCCUGGGAAGGUGUGCUCCGAAACAGCCACUUGCAGAACCACCUCUCUCCCGGGUGAGGAGCUGCCGUCGCAAUGUAAACCCGCGUAUUUGAAACAGGCUCUUUAGAAGGUUCCCGCCAGAAACGAAUGCCUGUGGGAUCUCGUGUGUGCUCAUGAAACCACACGAAGGCCCUGACUCCUGGUGCAGCGAGGACCCUCUGAGCGAGCCCUGCUCGGCGGGCGUCCGCAGCCCGUCACCCUUGCCCCAGAGACCCGGGAGCCCGCCCCGGGGCACCACUGUGCCCCAUGGCAUCUGCCCCGGCUAGGACACCGGCAGCGGGCACGGUGUCAGGGUGCCGGGGCCCCCUGUGGCGCGUAGCUCCAGACCGCGGCCCUCUGGGGUCAUGCCAUGGCUGAUAGAGGCGGAAGGUCGAGGCUGGUUUCGUUUCCAUUUCUUUGACUUUGUGUGAUUUCUUGUAGCUCCUUGUACCUGUAUACUUUCCGUUUACAAGUUCUCUUAAAGGGGAGGGGAGGGCCUGCGAUCUCGUUUCUUGUAGAUACAAAACCUUUCUCGUGUUGUAGAAAAGCAUGGGUAUGCGUUUGACGAAAAGGCACUGUACUACUUACCAAAGGGCACUGUCUCUGCAUUUGCUGAUAAAUGCAUUAUUUUGGUACUGUAAAUUUGGACAUACUUCCUGAGGUUAUAACUACUGGCGUUUCCUUUCUCCCUGUUUCUCCCUUUUCUUUUACGUUUAAGCUCUCAGUGCGCGACGCAGGUGCGCAGGCCCCAGACCAAACUCCACACCAGCAUGUUCUCGUCCACACCGGCCUGGCCCGCUUCUGUGCCUCCAGCUCUCCGCAGGUUGCUGGGUUCCGGCUCAGCACCCUGCUCUGUUUACUUUCCGGGCAAGAUCUGUUGCGAUUGUCCAUCGCGUUCUUAUGAUUUUAACCUGAUUUGCCUCUCUCUUAUGCAUUCUGUGUCUUAGGUUGUGCGGGAGGUGUUCUAGAAGGCACUCAUGGUUUGCAUUCAAAUGAUGAUGUGGUUUGUCCAAAUUAUUUUCUGUCUUUAACACUGAGAUGGAUUGAUCUCAUUUUUUUUUUCUUGAUUUGAAGUUGUAAGAGUUGUCCAGCUAUUGCUUAAUAAAAUUUUGCAAAUCAAA